AUGGAGGAGGAGGGGGCGAGCUUGGGUGCCGUCCCUCCCUCGGCGGACCAGGAGGACAUCGACACCGUCAUCGAGGAGGUCGCCAAGGAUGCCGAGGCCGAGUCUGACAAGAUCGUUGCCGAGGAGGCCGCCAAGGGGUACUUGAAGGUGGGCGACGGCCUGUUCGUCCACCUCCCAGGGACGGCGGGCACCAGGGCGCUGGCCGAGGGGGAGGUUUUCGACGACGAGGCGCUCGCCACCGCCUGGCUCCAGGUUGUCGAUGAACCGAGCCCCAGCGACGGCGGUUCCCAAGAGGAGCAACUUCUCCGAGCCAUGGGCGCCAACUUUCAGAAACUCCAGGCACUCCACCUUGCCCGCCUGGACAAGGCGAAAUCCAAGUUGGCGGCCGUGGACAAGGCGGAGGCGGAUCUUGAGGAGCGCGUCGCUCAGACGCAGGCCUGGUUCUGCGAGGCUCAGGAAGGACUAAAGGCUGCCCAGGAUGAGCUGGCCGAGCGCAAACGGGAGCUCAUCCUGAAGCAAGCUGACGUCGAGAAGGCCCAGGAGCACCAGGCUCUGCUGGACUCCCAAGAGGAGGACCUUACCGCUCGUGAGGAGGCGCUCGCCGCCACACUCCGCGGCAAGGACAAGGAGGUUGAGAAGCUUGUCGCGCAGGGGACCCAGGAGCUGGAGCAGAGGCACAAGGACACACUCGAUGCUCUGACCCUGGACCAUGCCGGCAAGGUGAAGGAGCUGGAGCUGGAGCGGGAUGGGCUGAACAAAAAGGUCUUGGAGCUGAUGGAGGAGAAGGACACGGCCAACGGCGCUUUGGCGGAUGCGCAGGCCGCGGUCCUCGUCAAGGCUGAGCUACUCUCCAAGGCCAACGACUCCAUCAAUGACCUAAAGCUGAAGCUGGAUGGCCUGGAGGGGACGCUUUCGGAGGUCAGGGCCCGGGAGGAGACCCUGACCAAGGACCUGGAGGAGGAGAAACGGCUGCGGAGGGACGGCACCGCCGAGUACGAGGAGUACGCGAAGGGCGUGAACCUCUGGAUCGGCCGCCUCGUCGACGUCGCAGGGAAGCUCACCGCCCAGCUAGCCGUCAUGGGCAUGCCGGACGUCAGGCUCUUCGAGGACCGGAACAUAAGCCCCAACGCCAGGCUGACGUUGUUCUUCGAGCGCAUCCUCGAUGCCCUGGAUCAGCUCCGCUCCAACCGGGCAACUUAUCUAGCCAACGAGGCCCGGAGGCUCUGCCGGGGUGCCCUUACCAAGGUGGCGUUCUAG